CAUGGACUUUCCGAUGAGUGGUUUAACAUAGUCUACAGGGACAGACCCUGGUCGAAACUGCACAGGUCACUAUAUACCAGGGACAUUCAGACCGCUUUCAUCGAGUGAAGGUUUGCAAAGAAAACUACGUCCGCCUCCACGUUUUAAUUUGACCUCUAAUCACUUCCUUGUUUUGACGGUAAACACACAUGCUUUCCCUGCUUUCGAAAUCACCCUUGCACCUCGUCACUUCGUGUUUCUACUCGUAGUUUUUCCCCGGAGUUUUCCUUCCGAGUGCGUUUUAACAACUGGAGUUUCAAACAGAAGCAUUAUGUUGAAGGACUGUGUAGCAAGCACGAUACGAGAACUUAUUUAUCUGUACAAUCUGCAGUAGUUGUGGAUCAUAACAUAGUUGGAUAUCAGUGCAAGCAGCUAGGAGAAAGCAAGGACAAGGAGCUCCUUGGAGAAAGCAACAUGGAUUUGAAUACGGAUGAACCCCUAACUACUUCUAUGGCAAACGGAUCAGAAAUCACGUGUGAUAUGAACACUACACUCGUUCAGUUCUAUUGGAUUGGAUGUAAUAUUGCUCCUUCGAUUAUCCUCCUUCUGUUGGCUACUUUUUGCCGAUGCAAAACAAACAGCUUCAAGUGUAUCCGCCGUCCAAAAUUAAUCUAUCCAGUGAACCUUCUUGAUGGCUACUCGAAUCGGCUACCCUAUGUCUUCGCUUUCCUGGUCACAAGUAAUGUCGUCAUUGUCCUGCUCCAGCUCAAUGCUGACAACCAGGGAUGGGUUGAUAUCAGUCAGCUUUCAGAAGCCAUGCGAUUCCUUGUUUGGGCCCUCAUCAAGUAUAUGUGCAUCGUCAUCGCAGGACUAGUCUUUUACCCUCUACUAGUUUGCAUCACGUAUAGUAACUUCAUGACUGACGUCAUCGGGCUCUUGUUUACUUGUAACUGGUUUUCUAUGUAUAUCUAUAUUUACACCGUCUGUCCUGUUGGGUCAAGAGAAGGGAUUCUGAAUGGCUUUCGUUACAUGCCUGCUCUGAUUUCAUGCUUUGGCUUGGCUAGCUAUUUUCUCUGGAGGAUUAUCAGGCGUUUGAAGAGAACAUGCACUAAAUGGAAGAACAAGAAUUUCAAUCUUCUUAGCAAUGGCAAUGAUGAUGACUGGAAUCAAAGCCACUAUUUAGAACGUGUGAAAUACCUACUGCGACCCAACCAUGAACGACAUGGGAACGUGAAAAGUGGAGGGAAAUUCGCGAGACUUAUGCAACGGAUCUAUCCAAGCUUUAAAGGCUUCAGAUAUUCCACUCGAAUCUUGUGUACAGUUGGACUUUCCCUUAUUGUGCUUUAUCAGAUGAGCUUGAUUUACAUCACUCAAACUUUGAAGUUAGUUCAAGAGUUAGUUCUUGAUUUCUUCGCUUCCAGUUCCGGUCUAGGAGAGUUCUUCCAAAUGAUUGAGCUCGCAUUUCAUCUAUCAAGCUAUCCUGCAAUAUGCAUAUCGCUCAUCAACUGUCUUCUUCUCUUACAAAAUUACAGAGAGAAUACUAGAGAUUUGUGGAUGGGCAACCGAACUCGAUUCCAAACCCGAGCUCGAUCACCACAUUCUAUCAUCGUCUCUUGCUUAAAAUUUUCCAGUCUCAGCGUUGCUUACACAUUCUAUGGUUUUCUUGUGCUUCAAGUGGUCCUGUGGGCAAUCAUGUCUUUUGUGGUAAUCAUUAUUGAAAACAAUCUAUUGAUAGAGCUACUGCGUGAUUAUUGGUCACAUAUCUUUGUAAUCCUUCUUAUCGUGGUGAUACAACAACUUCUCGCUCGGUUCGUUCUUCUCAAACGGAACACAAACGGAGCAUUGGUCAUAGAUAACAGGCACCUCUUUCACAUCGUCGUCCAUUUCUUCUUCUUUCUCAACAUCAUCGUGGGUCUAUUGGGGAGUAUCCUCCGCAUAAUCAAAGUCACCUUCAUUGGUAUUCUGCUGAUCGGUCGAGUCGACUUGUGUUUGGCGCCUCGUGGUUUUGAAUGGGCAGACAAGGGUUUCAAAGCAUAUCGGUCAUUUCUUCAGUUGGAGGUGAGCCUUACACAUCCAGUAGUCGUCACAUUCUGUCAUUUAUUGAACCGAUCACGAAGAAAGGGACGUUCACUAAGUGGAGAGACCGAUGUCGAGAGGGGACACGAUGACGACGCACAUGUCUGUGACGAUGUCGCCAUUGAGGAUGUGGUCUCCCCAUUGGGUUCAGCCAGUGCAAUUCUCUCGAGGAGAGUGCGAAAUCGCUGGCUAAAAGCUUACACGUUGAUUCGAAACAAACGACUGGUGUAUGAGAGACUGCACAAACUGGAGGAAACGAGGAGAGACGGAUCGCAGCAGAGCCUGUAUUUCAUGGCCUCUCACGAAUCUGAAAGGGUGUAGAGUUUAUUGCCAUAAGGCCAGAAGGGCGAGAGAGGAAAGGAAGGCGAACUCUCGCACGUUCACCCAAGGAACCUACUGUGCCUGAAAUGAUCUCUUGUCAUGCCAUGUUUCUUGAACCAGUCGGUUUUUAUUUUUCAAAGUUUGACGUAAUUACAUAUGAAAGAACCCAAUUAGCAGGUACCCUUUCUUAGGAUACACAAAACUAAAUACGGCUUGGUUUUUUGUCUCGCCUGAAAAGCAGAACGAGACUAUUGGCGCCGCUUUUCCGGCGGCGACGACGGCAUCGUCGUCAACACCAAAUCUUAACCGAAGGUUAAGUUUUUGAAAUGUCAUCAUAUCUUAGAAAGUGUAUGGGCCUAGUUCAUGAACUUUUGGAAAUAAUGGUUAUCAAGUAUUAAUGAACAUCCUGCCAGAGUUUGAUGUCACAUGACCAAGGCCAAAGGUCAUUUAAUGUCAAUUAAUUUAGAUCAUGUUGGGGAAAUCAACAUCAAAAUCUUAACCGAAGGUUAAGUUAUUGAAAUGUCAUCAUAACUUAGAAAGUAUAUGGGCGUAUUUUAUGAAACUUGGACAUAAAAGUAAUCAAAUAUUAUUGAACACCCUGCCUGAGCUUUAAGUCACAUAACCAAGGUCAAAUAUCAUUUAGGGUCAACGAACUUUGGUCAUGUUGGGGGUAUUUGUUGAUUUCCAUCAUAACUCUGAAAGUUUAUGGAUCUGGUUCAUGAAACUUGGACAUUAGUGUAUUCAAGUAUCACUGAACAUCCUUUGUGAGUUUCAGGUAAAAUGUCAUAUAGGGUCAAUGAACUUAGAUUUUGUUGGGGGUAUUUGUUCAAUUGACAUCAUAACUUUGAAAGUUAUAUAUAUCUAGUUAAUGAAACUUGGAUAUAAGAGCAAUCAAGUAUCAGCAAACAUCCUGUGCAAGUUUCCAGGUCACAUGACCAAGGUCAAAGGUCAUUUAGGGUCAACAAAAUUUGGCCAGGCAUGUUGGAGGUAUUUGCUGAAUUGCCAUUAUACACGUAACUUUUAUAGAUCUAGUUCAUGAAACUUAGACAUUAGAGUAAUAUAGUAUCAUUAAACAUCCUGCUCGAGAUUCAGGUCACAUGACCAAUGUCAAAGGUCAUCUAGGGUCAAUGAACGUAGUAUUUUAUUUUCAUAUGAAUUGUGUUUUUUUUAGAUAACUAUUAGUAGUUUUUUUUUUCUUCAAAGUCAUCACUGCUGCUCUAUUGAAUGGUGUAAUGUAGGCGAGACUGCCAGAGGCGCUCCACUUGUUUUUUUUAUGUUACUAUAUUGUUUACCAUAUUGCUAAUUGCUAUGUUAUUUUCAACUUCAUUGAAAAGUGGGAGAAAGACGAGAGAGAGAGAGAGAGGCGGGGGUAGGGGAAGAAGGGGAAUAUAGCGCGGAGAAAUAGGGGCGUUAGAGGUACAUUAUUUUGUCUAUACAGUGCGUAUCAAUAAAAAGUUUACACUUUGAAAAAGUCCUGGGAAUUGAAAAAAAACAUUGGGACAUUAUUUCCCAUAUAUUCUUGGGUUUGUGUUUCAUCUAUCAAAUGAGUAAAAAUUUUGACAGAAUGUUACACUUGAGUGAGCACUGUCCAUUUUUGUAAAACUCGCAGAAAUCGGUUUGCGCAGAAAUACUCAUUUUCACGCUAAGUCAAGGAAAAAAGGCUAAAACAAACUGAACGUGCGGUACAUUUCUCAUACAUUUCUUUUGCAUUUUUAUUAUAAUAUUAUUAUUUAUUCGGCAAAUAAUACAAAAAUACAUUACAGUAUAAACAAUACAAAACAAAAAAUAUCAACAAUUGGAACGCCAGGGACAGAAAAGGUUAACUGAAUUACUGUGGCAUAAAGAAUCCUGUCCCAAUUCCAAUGGUUGAUUUACAAUAUAUGUUAAUAAAUAAACAAUAAUAAAGUACUCGUUAUGUAAGGGGUGUAGUAUGCGGUAUGAAUGUGUGAUAUAUAUAGAACUAUAUAUAUAUAAACUAUAUGGACGAAUUAUGGACAAAUAUAAGUGAUAAACGUACCCCCUCUACGGUUAAGAACACAAAUUUUAAAUUCAAGAGGGAUACAGAAACCCAAAAGUUGAAACAUUAUGCAAUUAGAGAUUGAGUAAAAAAAAUCCUAAAAACCAAAAACAAUAUAAAUAAAUGCGCAUUCAUGAAAUGAAUUCAUAAUUACUAGUAAAUGAAAAUGAGUGGAAAUGACCGGGAAAAUGAAAAGAAAACUGCAGGUGACAAAAUUCUAGCAAAUUAAAAUAAAACAGAUAUAUUUUGUAACGUCUUUGUCACCCAAAUUAACAUUUUAACCCUAUAGGUAAUCACGACAUUAUCUUUUGGGGGGGCCAGCUGGAUCUAAGGACAUAACUGAAUGGAAACAAAAGUUUAUUUAAGACAUCUCCAGCAUUCUUUCACUAAGUUUUUAUCAUUUAAAGUGGGACCACAUUUCAUAUUUCAUUUAAUACUCUUUCCAAGCUUGACAGUGAUAACAAAACGAAAUUCAAGCCUAAGUCAUUUCAUGUGAAUCACAGCUCCGUGUAAAGCAUAUAUCACGACGAUGGCCUCGGUGCGUGGGGAGAGGGGGUGCAAUGGCGCUCUAUGAAGUGUUGUGGGCAAGGAAACAAAUUAAAAAGGUAAAAUAUAUCUUCAAAUCAAUCUUCCUAGCUAAAGUCAAUGUGUCCUUCAUGAUUAACGUCUACUUUUAUUCAUAUAACUAUUUCCAAGUUCUGCGCAAAUCAUUUCUCACGAACUUUUCAAAACUGAGUGUUGCUCACUCAAGCGGAAAGAUUUUUCAAUAUUUAUAUCGUCAUUUGCUUAUAGAGGUCUGUACCAAUAAUGUGGGAGAGGCUUCAGGAUUUGAUAUGUAAUUUUUACAGGAUUAUUUUUGAGUGUGAACUUUUAUUUGAUACGCACAGUAUAUUCCAGCAAAUAUUGUGCAUGUAUGUAGCUAUCUUGGUGUGGUUGUUACGAAGCGCAUUGUCAUGUCUGCUCAUCAUGUAAUCAAGGGAGGGGGGGGGGGGGGUGAGUACUCUGUGCAUUUUAGGAAAAAUUAACGUUCGAUAAAGGUAUUUUAUAAACUCAUCAUACAAAAGACUUGCAUUUUUAUCCAUUUUAAGCAGUACUGAAUACAGCAUGUGAUAUUUGUUGUAAGCAAAUAGAGUCUCUGACAAAAGAAGUGAUUUGAUGGCCAUUUAUCUCAUUCUCUUGCCUUUAAAUAUUUCUUAUUUCUGUUUAUAAACCUUGAAUUUGUAUGUAGGCCUAUACCAUGUAUCCGCACAUUUUAUGCUGAUUUAGUCACAGCCUUCGCCAGACGGGGGAGGCGGGGGUGGGUGGUCCAUGCAUCUCCACAUGGUAUUCAGUGCUAUCAAUCCUUCAUGUCCAAUAUAACCUCAGUUUAAUGCACUUUUAACUGAUUAAUGUAUACCAAAUUUUUCACCCUAAAUUGCUUGAAAUAAUAAAAAAGGCCUCCUUAAGUGGUGCAAAUCGGGAAUCUAAUGAUGCUACAUUGUUGAAGAGAGGUUAGAUAUUUCUGAUAAUUAUAGUGUGAAGCGCUAUAUGAGCAAGUCUAUAUUUCGUUCUAUAAGUGACGUGAACAAAGAAUAUCCAGAUAAGUGGCUUGAAUAGUGAAAUUGACUAAUUUUAUACACUACCCUUCUCAUCUGAAAUUUAUUAUUGUACAUAUAGCACGACCCAAAGCGGCUCAACUUGAGUAAAACACUGGAUAAUGAGUACAUUUCGUAAUGAACAAACGUCUAAUUGCAACCCUGAAUUACAUAAUUAUUCUGGUUAAAUAACAGAAUAGCACACAAAGUGUUUAUGAAAAUUUUGCAAUGAAGGGUUUUCUUUGCAUACGGCCAUGCUUGUAUCUUGAAAAACCCCUCAAAUUUCCAACUCAGUACGACAUUUUAGCUUCAUCAAAAUAUUUAUGAAAAGUAAAUGAUAUUUUCCUAAUAAUUUGUAUUGUGACUUUUUACCAGGCAAGUGGUUAGUAGCUUGAUAUGAGCUCAUACAUUUUUAUCAUAAUCACACAUGCGAUUUUAACCACAAAUACCCAUUAGAAUGCUAUAAAAAACAAAUUAAUACAAAAUAAUUCAAAAUUAAUACCAUGAAUACCAGUGAUAGUUUUGUAAGGACAUUGAUUUGUUGAAGAUACUGCAAAUAAUGUAGACCGAAAAUUAACAUAUUUGAACCGUAUUUGCUAAUUCAUAACAAAACGUCUGAUUUCAAGCGUAAAUAUAUAAAGGAAAUUAUUUCGGAAAAAAUACCGAUUCAGUAUUACAUGACGAGCGAAUCGCAUACCUAUUUUCAGCGCUCAGGCGAUCGACGACCCCCGCCCUCCUAAACUAUAUCUGAUUUGAUUGUGAAGGCGGGGGUAUUUGAGACGAAUGGAGUUAGUAUUAAUGUUUCUGUUCAUUUGUUUAUUUUGUUAGAUAUUUGUUUUCACACUAGUUCCUAUAUUCUAUAAUGAUUCACUGUUGAUACAUGCAUCACAUAAUCAAUAAAAAUACAUUUGUAUCUGCUGUUCUAUG